CCUGUGGGCGGGAACGCGGGGAUAGCAGGAGAGCUGUGAUUGGCUGAGUGCGCCGCGGAGGCGGGAAGGUAUUGGGGAAGAAGAGCGGUGAUUGGCUGAGGGCGGUAACGUCGCGCGCAUGAUCAGCCGGUUAAUAAGACGCCGGUUUGGAAGUUGAAACAGAGACGAGAUGCUGCCGGACGGAGCCGCUGCUGACACCGGAGAACCGACUCAUACACACGUGAAAGAGGAGAAAUAAAGGAGUGAAAGUGUCCGCGGAGGGUUGUUCGAGUCCGGCUGGAGAUUAAACUCGGACCAUGGUUCAGCACACGGAGCACGGCGGCGCGGGGAUUAACAGCGUGUCCCGCCAGGCGACCGACCCGGAGGAGAGAGAGCUGCUGGCGGCGUCGGCCUGCAGCCCCGUGCCGGUGAAACCGGACUGGUGCAAAACGGCGUCCGGUCACAUCAAACGGCCGAUGAACGCCUUCAUGGUGUGGUCGAAGAUCGAGCGGAGGAAGAUCAUGGAGCAGUCUCCGGACAUGCACAACGCGGAGAUCUCCAAGCGGCUCGGGAAGCGCUGGAAGAUGUUAAAGGACACCGAGAAGGUCCCGUUCAUCCGGGAGGCGGAGCGGCUGCGGCUCAAGCACAUGGCCGACUACCCGGACUACAAGUACCGGCCCAAGAAGAAGCCCAAGACGGACGGCUGUGCGUUCCCCGCGGGGAAGACAGCGGCUCACUCCCCGGAGAAAAGUACCGGUAAUAAUCACAAGAACUCCGCUAAGAAACUGUCCAAGUUGAAACCCAGUAAGCCGGUGGUCGGUACCGGGAGGGUGAGCAGCCCGGACCCCCGGUACCGGUACGUGUUCACCAGCAGCGUCAAACGGGACUUCAGCGACUCCGAGGAGGAGGAGGAGGAUGAUGAAGAAGACUCCGAGGAAGAGGAGGACGAGCCCUGCCGGUACAACCUCUCCAACAUGCCGAGCAGUCUGAGUCCCGCCGCAGCGGAACCGGAGGGGCCCGGUCUGCACGGGCCCUCCGCUCGGCUCUUCUACAGCUUCAAGAACAUCACCCGGCAGGGCUCCCCGUCCCCGGCCUCCCUGUCGCCCUCCUCCCGCUCCUCCUCCUCCUGCUGCGGGGACGACCUGGACGAGCUCCCCGCCGACGGGAGCAGCUUCCUCUCCGGGUUCACGGAGCCGUGCAGCUCGGUACCGGGGAACCUGGGCCUGUCCCUGGUGGACAAAGACCUGGACUCGGAGGGCAGCCUCGGCUCACACUUCGACUUCCCGGAUUAUUGCACCCCGGAGCUCAGCGAGAUGAUCGCCGGGAACUGGCUGGAGGCCAACUUCUCGGACCUGGUGUUCACUUAUUGAUCACAGGGAGCUGAUCGAUACCCGGUGGGGAGGAGGAGGAGGAGGAGGAAGGGGAUUAUUCAGUUCCACUCGCCUCAUCGGUCCUGGAGG